AGACCCUGAAAAAGAGGAAGAGACUUUGAAGUGUGGGGUCCAUGCAGGCCCAGCGUGGGGCAGCAGAGGGCCAGGAAGGGGGAUGUGGUCACUGCGCCUUGGCCUCUGCAGCCCACAGCCUCACCCCACUGGAGGCUCGCUCGAGUGAAAGGGCCCUCCCAAUUCUAGGGAUGGUAUUUCAGAGACCAUUCUGUAGCUUCACUACACUGUCUUGUCUUGGCACGAGACAACACAAUACUUCUCAGCCCCCUUGUAGGUAUAUUGGGAUCAUGAGACUGAGUUCUGCCAAAAGGGGAUGCAAAUUGUAGUGACGUCUUUCUUCUGGUCUCAGGCCCUAUUAGCUGGUUUGUUGUCUCUGUCUCUUAUUUAGGUGAUGACUGUGGAGGCCUCAGGAUAAAACAGAAUCCCUGGAUUCCCGAGUCACCCCACGGAAGACAGGAAAGUUGCCUUAUCUGUAUUCACUUUACAUGACUAAGAAAUAAACAAUGUGUUGGGUUAAGCCACUAACAACUUUGUUACUGGAGCACAACCUAGUCUAACCUAAUCUAAUACGUAUAGUUCCAAUGUGUAGGAAGAAUUUACCAGCAAACUCAGGAAAUGACCUAGAAUGGAUCUAGAGCUCAGAAUUCCCAGGGCUGUGCCUUAUGUUUUGGUAUAAGGCAGGGAUUUGGAGAGGAGGACAUCGCCAUAAUUAAUUCAUGAUACAACUCACAGGGGUGUUAAAUGUUAAUCACAUUUAGAAACUAAUUAGCAAGAAUAAUUUCAGUACUUGAACUAGGAAUCUGCCACAUGACUGCCAACAUUAUUAAUUCAGUAGACCUCAAGUAAAGCAUAUUGCCCUUCAUAAUGUGGGUGGGCCUCACCCAAUCAGUUGAAGGCCACAAGAAAAAAGCCUGGUCCCCCAUAGAAGAAGUAAUUCUGCCUCCAGACUUCCUUUGGUCUCAGGACAGCAACACCGACUCUUCUCUGGGUCUCUACCUGCUGAACUAGCCUGUGGAUUUCAAUUGUACAAGCCAAUUCCUUAAAAUCAAUCUCUGUCUGGAUAUGCAUCCUAUUAGUUCUGUUUCUCUGGAGAACCCUGGCUAAUACAAAUUUUGGAGUAGGGUGUGAUUAACAUUCUCAAAUAACACCUAUGUUCUCAUAGUUUGUAAAUGUAGCAAACUUAAAACAUGCACACUUUGGUUUAUAUUUCUUCCCCCCUGAGAUUUUUGGCUGAGAAACAGCCUCAUUUUCCUGUUCUAGAGUUGACUUUGGUUCUUUCAAGGUUCCAGCUGGCCUCUCUCCCAGUAACUUGCCUUCAGGGUUAACAGUGGCACUGUGGGGGAGGGGACAGAUUUCUUUCUAGAACCCUCCAGUUAACCUGCCUUCAUAUCUGCCCCUUGGGGUUGCUCUCUCUUCCCUGAGAGUCAGACAGAUUCCUCCAGCCCUUGGAAGAAAGAAAAGAACAAGAAGUUCUACCUGUGUGGCUCCUGCCCCGUCCUGGCUGUACGAGUCUGGCCAGGUCACUUCACCUCUCUGGUCUUAGUUUUGUUCAUUUGUAAACUAAGGGGUUUCAGAUCUUUACGGCCUCAUUUAGCAUGGGUCCAGAGGCUCCCUCAGUGCUUCUAGAAGUUUCUGAGCGGAGUUAGCUGACAGCCUUGGCCUCCCAUUCACACAGUCUACUUGCGGAUCACAGCUGUAGGAGGGGCCCUUCUCCAGCCCACCUGUUCCAUUUAUUACCUCCCCUCCGUUCUUCUCCAGAGCCACCCUUACUUCCUCACUCACCAGCUUGGGUCUCCUGAGGGACUGCAGGACCCAGAAGGAGCAGCAGGGACAGCAGGACAGACACCAUUGUGCCCAUUGUGCCUGACUGGAAGUUUCUGGACUGCCUUGGGUCCUGGAGCUCGGAGCAGACGACUUGGAGAUAAAGCCAGGAUGUGUGGCCGGUUCCUGAGGCAGCUGGUGGCUGAGGAGAGCCGGCACUCCACCUCCGUGGGACGCCUCCUGCUCCCUGUGCUCCUGGGGUUCCGCCUCGUGCUGCUGGCUGCCAGCGGGGCCGGGGUCUACAGCGACGAGCAGAGUGAAUUCGUGUGUCACACCCAGCAGCCAGGCUGCAAGGCCGCCUGCUACGAUGCCUUCCACCCCUUCUCCCCACUGCACUUCUGGGUCUUCCAGGUCAUCUUGGUGGCUGUGCCCAGCGCCCUCUACAUGGGUCUCACUUUGUAUCAUGUCAUCUGGCUUUGGGAAGAGUCAGGAAAGGGGAAGGAGGAGGAGACUCUGAUCCGCCGAGGGGAGAAGAGCAGAGAUGCCUCCGGUCCUGGAAGCCCCAGGCUGCUCUGGGCCUAUGUGGCACAGCUGGGCGUGCGGCUGGUCCUUGAGGGGACAGCCUUGGGGGUACAGUACCAUGUGUAUGGGUUCAACGUGCCCAGCUCCUUUGCAUGUCGCCGAGAGCCUUGCCUUGGUAGUAUAACCUGUUACCUGUCCCGCCCAUUUGAGAAGACCAUCUUCCUAAAGACCAUGUUUGGGAUCAGUGGGCUCUGUCUCUUGUUCACGCUUUUGGAACUUGUGCUCCUGGGCCUGGGGCGAUGGUGGAGGGCCCGGAAGCACAGAUCUCCCCCUUCUAACUACUCCCCAACUUCAGAGAGCACCAGAAGACACAAGGAACCGACUGAAAACUUCCCAGUGGUGGAGACCAAAGAGCCAUUCCGAGAAGCAGGUGAGAAGAGCACUGAUGUCCCUCUUUCUUCCUGCUCCUGAGGUCUCUGUCCUGAU